CCCGACUCCACGGACAGAGAGCCUGAACGCGGGCCCGUGGAGAUGUCUUGUCCCGGAAUCUUUCGUGUAGGGCGAUGGGUUACUCUUUUUGUUUAUAUUCUCUCCGGGCCUGCCUUAUCAUGCGUCUUUCCUCCAGAUCAGCUGUACGUCGCGACACUCACUUAGACCUUCUGAAAACGAAAACCUCUUGGCCAUUUCCCCAGCCAUGGCCGUUCUGGGAACCAACUCGUCGUUUGCCCUCCUCCCAACCUCCGUACCGCUCAAAUCAGACCUCACCUUCCCUCCUAGCCCGGCAGAAACAAUCAAAGGGAGCCGGCCUUCCAGUGUCGAUGGAGACGCAGAGGAGCCCAGCGAGCUGUGCCUGUUCGAGGAACUAGAUGCCGAGAGGCCCCGGGUGUACCCGCUGCCCCCGCGCUCCCAACCCAACAGCGUACUCCCCGAAGACCUCAAAACCCCCGAUAGCCACGUGCCCCGGGAUCCAAGGCUAAUACGCCUGACCGGCGUCCACCCCUUCAACGUCGAGCCGCCGCUGAGCGACCUCUACGACCAGGGCUUCCUCACCAACAAGGACCUGCACUACGUCCGGAACCACGGCGCCGUGCCCAAGGUCCAAGACGAGGAUGUGCUCAACUGGGAGUUCACCGUCGAGGGCAUGGUCGAAGCUCCCUUCACCAUACCCCUCAGGGACCUCAUCGCCGAGUACGAACAAAUCACCUACCCGGCCACCCUCGUCUGCGCAGGCAACCGCCGCAAGGAACAGAACGUCGUCCGCAAGACAAAGGGCUUCUCCUGGGGCGCCGCCGGCCUCUCGACCGCUCUCUGGACCGGCGUGUCCCUCGGCGACCUGCUCGCGCGCGCCGUGCCCAAGCGAGGCGCCCGCUACGUCUGUUUCGAGGGCGCCGACAAGCUCCCCAACGGCUACUACGGGACCAGCAUCAAGCUCAACUGGGCCACGGACCCCAACCGCGGCGUGACCGUGUGCUACCGCAUGAACGGGGAGCUCCUGCACCCGGACCACGGACGCCCCGUGCGGAUCAUCAUCCCCGGCCAGAUCGGCGGCCGCAGCGUGAAAUGGCUCAAGCGGAUCAUCGUCACCAAGGAGCCCAGCGACAACUGGUACCACAUAUACGACAACCGAGUCCUGCCCACCCCGAUCGACCCCGAGGCGAGCGCGGACCUGCCCGACGUGUGGAAGGACGAGCGGUACGCCAUUUACGACCUCAACACCAACAGCGCCACCUGCUACCCGGCGCACGACGAAACCUUGUCCCUGUCUGACGAGGACGAGGACGAGGCGCCGGAAUCCUAUGCCGUUCGCGGGUACGCCUACGGAGGCGGCGGUAGACGCGUCACGCGGGUCGAGGUCACACUGGACAAGGGGAAGAGCUGGACCCUUGCCGACAUCCGCUACCCCGAGGACGAUUACCGCCUCGCCCCCGAAGGAGACACCCUUUAUGGAGGUCGCAUGGAUAUGGCCUGGAGGGAGACUUGUUUCUGUUGGUGUUUCUGGCAGCUCGACAUUCCCGUCGCCCAGCUCGCCGGCGCCUCCGAUAUCAUGGUGCGGGCCAUGGACGAAGGACUGAUGGUUCAGCCGAGGGACAUGUACUGGAGCGUGCUGGGCAUGAUGAACAACCCCUGGUACCGGGUGGCGAUACACAGACAAGGACGCCAGCUUCGCUUCGAGCAUCCCACGCAGCCGGCCCUCAUCUCGGGCGGGUGGAUGGAGAGGGUCAAAAAAGAAGGGGGCAACCUGUCGAAUGGGUUUUGGGGCGAGAAGGUCCAGGGCGAUGAGCAGGAUGCGGUCGAGCAAGAGCCGCCCAAGGAUAUCUGCAUGACGAAGGAGGGUGUGAAGCGGAGCAUCACCAUAAACGAGCUUCGACAACACGCCGGGGAAGACGAACCGUGGUUUGUCGUGAAUGGGGAGGUGUAUGACGGCACGCCGUUCCUCGAAGGGCAUCCGGGAGGUGCGGCAUCCAUCUUUGGGGCCGCUGGUCAGGAUGCAACCGAGGAGUUCCUAACCAUUCACAGCGAGAAUGCUAAAGCCUCGAUGCCGGAAUACCACAUCGGUACUCUGGACGAGGCAGGCCGAAAAGCCUUGUCUACAGAGGAAGUCACAACCGACGCCGACGCCGAGGGAGCUCGUGCUAUCUUCCUACAGCCAAAGGUGUGGACGAAAGCGAUCCUUUCCGGGAAGCGCGCCGUGUCUUCGGAUAGCAAGAUCUUCACCUUCGAUUUGGAGCACGCGGAGCAGCAAGUUGGUCUCCCCGUGGGCCAACAUCUAAUGAUGCGGCUACGCGAUCCGGUUACACGGGGGGCCAUCAUCCGCGCGUACACGCCCAUCUCCGAAGGCACCGACAGGGGGAAGCUGCAAAUACUGAUCAAGAUCUACCGAAACACGCCGGACCGCAAGGGAGGGAGCAUGACGCAGGCGCUCGACUCGAUUCCCGUCGGCCACUUCGUCGACAUGAAGGGUCCGGUGGGCAAGUUCGAAUACCUGGGCCGGGGGUUGUGUUCCGUCUCGGGCAAGCAGCGCCGGGUCAAGCGCUUCAUCAUGGUGUGCGCCGGGUCUGGAGUAACGCCCAUCUUCCAGGUGUUGCGGGCCGUGAUGAGGGACCCGGAUGACGCCACUCGGUGUCUGGUUCUCGACGGCAACCGUGCCGAGGAGGACAUACUGUGCCGGACAGAACUGGAUGCGAUGGCCGCGAGCAACCCAGACAGAUGCAAGCUGUUGUACCUGCUCACACAGCCUGCUGAGGGGUGGACCGGGCUCCGAGGCCGCAUGGAUGCCGCGUUGUUUGAGCGGGAAGUCGGGCCCUGUAGAACCACUGAGGGGGACGAGAUGGUGCUCAUCUGUGGCCCAGAGGCUAUGGAGCAGAGCGUCAAGGCCAUCUUGUCAGGGAUGGGCUGGAAGGAGGAGCAUCUGCUUGUGUUUUGAGCGUAGGGUGAAUUAUUUCAUGGGCUGAAUAAAGAGAACUCCUCGCUGCAUUGCCGCGGACCCUUGUCUCUUUUUCCUAUACCAUCAUUCAUCGAGUGAGUAAGAUGCCACAACAAUCAAUAUGAGGCAAUGCGUUGGUAGAUAGAUACGGUAUGCUACCCUUCGUCCGAGGCGAGGAUAAAGCAAAGAGGAAAGCCUGGCUUCAUAUGGGCCUGGGGGGGUAUUGUUUGCUUCAGCU